AUUGUCCUGCUGAGCCAAUCACUGUGUUUCGUGUUGUCUCCUCGCAGAAACGAUGGGUGUUGGGUUUGUUUGUAAAUCAAUCGUAGGGGGACGGGCACAGGGAAUGAAAGCAUAGAGCUCUGUGAAAAUACAACACUCGGUUUUUUAUUUUAUUUCACAUUUCAAGUUUUGGAUGCAAUUUCAAACGAAAGGCACGGCACAUUUUAAAUAUAGAAUUAAUUGAAGUGUAAACAUGGAUUUUUUUUAAAUUCAAAGACAGCUGUGAGGAAAGAUACAUGGGGCUGAACUGUGAGUUUUCUACAGUGUUUAUUUGAAAACGAAUCGGCGUCAUGUACAGCAAAUAGUGCAUCGAAAGCGACUAGGGUAAUUUAUACCGAAUAUUGGGAAUCUGAAUCUUGGUAAUUUAUAAAAAUAAUACAGUAAUAUGUCGACCUGACAAGGACAUUAACCGAGUGAAGGAAACAUCUACGAACACAAUCUAGAUAUUUUUAGACCCGACAUACUAUUUCGUGUUUUCGUUUUGUAUUUCGUGUUUUCGUAUUAAUCUGUACCGAUUAUACGAGCAAAUACAUACCGUUCUGCUUUUUAAGUAAACUGUGUAUUUUACCUUAAUUGUUAAAGAAAAUAUUGUUCUCAAAGUUUAUAUUUAGUAAUAUUAUGCCCGAUUUACAUUCGAAUUUGAAUAUGUGUGCUGUUCCGUUUUUUUUUUUGUAUUUAUUUAUAUAACCUUUACAUGUGUUAUAAUUGAAAACAUUUGAGUAACCAAAUUACACUGAAAAGAAUCAACAGUUUAGCAGAUGCAUUUCACUUGGGGAAUUAAAGGGACCAUGGAAGAUAAAUCUACUUGCAAUAAUCUCGGGAUUCAUUUGACAUCCUCAAUGAGAGGAAAAUAAUGAAAACAUUUUGGAAGCUCAUCAGGCUCAGUGUAAGAAAUGGAGAUUCGUUGUGGCGGCUUGAUUUUCAGUUCCAGGUUUGACUCUGGGAAUUUGGCACGAGUGGAGCAGGUGGAGCACCCAGACACAGAUGGGGAACCAACUGUUAAUGGGAGCACAACUUCAAUGAUGUUUGGGGGACCCCUUUCCGCCCCAGAUUAUGAGUUUAACGUUUGGACUAAACCGGACUGUGCUGAAACACAGUUUGAAAAUGGCAACAGAUCCUGGUUCUAUUUUAGUGUACGGGGAGGGGCUCCUGGGAAGCUCAUUAAAAUAAAUGUCAUGAAUAUGAACAAACAAAGCAAACUGUACUCCCAGGGAAUGGCUCCAUUUGUUAAGACUUUGCCUUUGAAGACACGAUGGGAGCGGAUACGAGACAGACCUACAUUUGAGAUGGUUGAGAACCAGUUUAUUCUGUCUUUUAACCACCGCUUUUUGGAGAUCCGUGGGGCCACUACGUACUUUUCUUUCUGCUACCCGUUUUCAUAUGCUGAGUGCCAGGACAUGUUGGUACAAUUAGACCAGAAGUUUGCGGACUCUAAACACCCAACACCUGACCGUCCUGUAGAUUCCAUCUAUUACCAUCGUGAACUGCUGUGCAACUCACUUGAUGGACAUCGUGUUGAUCUCAUUACGGUCACGUCAUGCCAUGGGAUGAUGGAAGAGCAGGAACCAAGGCUGGAAAAACUGUUUCCUGACAACUGCACGCCUCGACCUCGCCAAUUCAAUGGAAAGAGAGUGUUUUUCCUCAGUAGUCGGGUACAUCCAGGGGAAACUCCUUCCAGUUUUGUGUUCAAUGGAUUUCUAAACUUCAUUUUGAAGCAAGAUGACCCUCGAGCUCAAAUGCUGAGGAAAAUGUUUGUCUUCAAGUUGAUACCAAUGCUAAAUCCUGAUGGAGUAGUACGAGGGCACUACAGAACUGACUCUAGAGGUGUGAAUCUCAACCGCCAGUACCUCAAUCCAGAUUUUGAACUUCACCCCUCCAUUUAUGGUGCUAAGUCUGUCAUAAUGUACCACCACCUGCACAAUCGUGUUCGACCUGAUUCUCAAGACUGGAGGUCAUUUGUAUCGCCACUCUCUUCAAACUUGUUAAGUACAAAACCUUCAAAUCAUUCCAACAGAAACUGCCCUUUUUCUUCAGAGGUGUCUCUGUCCGAGAUUGAGAAAAGCAACAACCUAAAAAACGAAGAACGGCACGGUGAAGGAGAUUGCAUUGCUCCAAUCCGGGGCUUCGGCCAAACGCAAAUUCCAGUGUUGACAGAGAACAGCGGGCAGCUGAUUUCUGAGCUUCUCAGUAAAGGAGAAGCCAACCUGAAGACAGAUAAUACAGUGAAGAGCGGUAAUGAAGAGCCCAGGGACAAAGAAUGUGUGAAAACAAGAAUCUCUCCUGACCCUCCUGAACAUGUUCUCCCCCGAGAGAGUGGAAUAGCGUACUAUGUGGACCUUCACGGGCAUGCAUCAAAACGUGGCUGCUUUAUGUACGGAAACAGCUUGUCUGAAGAAAACGAGCAGGUGGAAAACAUGCUGUAUCCCAAGCUUAUCUCCAUGAAUUCGGCAAAUUUCGACUUUUCGGGCUGCAAUUUCUCUGAGAAGAACAUGUACGCCAAAGACAAGAGGGAUGGCCAGUCAAAAGAAGGAAGUGGGCGUGUAGCCAUUCACAAAGCCACAGGGGUGAUCCACAGCUACACACUGGAGUGUAAUUAUAAUACAGGCCGCUCGGUGAAUACAGUCCCAUCUGCUUGUCACGAUAACGGGAGAGCAAGUCCUCCUCCACCUCCUGCCUUCCCUCCCAAAUACACAAUUGAGUUGUUUGAACAGGUUGGCCGAGCCGUUGCUAUUGCAGCACUAGAUAUGGCUGACUGCAACCCCUGGCCUCGAAUAGUGAUGUCUGAACACAACUCUCUUCCUAACUUGCAUGCAUGGAUGUUGAAGCAUGUGAGAAACAGCUUAAAGAAAAAUGUCACAAAGACUUCUCCAAAGGGCCAUGGAAUGACAACAUCAGUCUCGGAGAAUUCGUUCAGCAGGACCAGGAGUAACAGUAAUGGCACUACCAGUGGGAGCAGCAGCAGCCAGCAGAACUCCCCGCAGCUCAAGUCCUCAACCAGCUUCACAUUCGGCUGCAGCCUGGGUAUGGGAAGGCUCACCUGUCCUGCAGGAAUCAAUCAGAGCCAUCAGAAAGGGGGGCAUAGGGCUCUGGGAGCAGUGAGAGAGUCUAGAGCUCAAGAGAAGAGACGUCCACACCACCAAUCAAUGUUAAGAGCCUCUGCAAGCAACCCCAGCAGCCACCAGUGCUCCCCGUCCCAUCCUCUGCCUCCCUCCUCUCUCCCCUCCUUGGCCUUUUCCAAGAGCUCCCCCUCCACCCAGCAGCUUUCUGGCCCUAGCCCCUGCUCAAUCCCAGCCUCCUUAAGCAUGGCAGGAUACAGCUGUCCUAAUUUGCAUGCUGGCUCUCCAAAUAGUGGCUUUCUGUUAAGGAAUCGAAUGCAGGAAAACCCGCGAAUGACAGAAGUUUCAGGAGGCGAAUGUGUUUCUGUACAGAAUUCUCAGAAGAAAGGUAAACUCAAAUUCAGAUCUUCAAUGGACUAUACCAGGUCUGAGUUGCAACAGAGGGCCAGUAAAAUCCCAGUAAGAAAAGAUGGCCCACAGCCUGCCCAGAGCUUGAUGAAUCCAAAUAGUGCAGAUGGGGAGCCGGUCCUGAAAGUAUGGAAACUUAUUCGACCCAAAAAACAACUGUCUCUAACAGAUAUUCAAGUAGAUAGUUCAGCCCUGGUCCUCAACUCCAAGGCUUCCCUGAAAUCCAAGGACAGACAAUUCGCUGUACGUGAGCACAGAGAUCAAAUCUGAUAUCUCUGACCAGAAACUUCAAAUAUAACAAAAUCAUCCCACUCUGACUGACUGAAGACUGACCUAAAUGACUUCUAAGUUUUGGGAGUUCUGCUUCAAAACCUAAAGUAACUGAAUUUAUUCUAUCACACUGUGAUAAAUAUGAUAGUAUAACAUGUAGUACCUUUUUAUAACAAGAGAGGAUGGCUAAGUACACAGUAAAUAUACCUACUUUGUUUCAGGUAUCUUUUACUUGACCUACUAUACAAUGAGGGGUGUACUUUUGCAAUUGAAACAUUUUUUUUUUGUUUUUGCAUACUGUAUUUUGAUAGAUGUAUCAAAAGCAUAUAACAAAGAUUAGACAAAGCAUUUUAGUAUGGUACAGAUUAUGAUCACUAAUCUGAAGACCUGGUUUUGGAUCAGCAAGACCAUACUGUACUGUAAUAUUUAAAGUAAAAUACAUUUUGAGCCUAAUUCGCAUGUGACUAAAAAUCAGGAUUUUUACUGACAUCGGUGAAAUUUAGUCUCAUGUGAAUAGUCUAUUUCUUUUUAUCCCAGAUCAUUACCUCAGAGGUCCUCAGAUUUCUUUUACAUGGACAUCAGGACCUUCUGUAAGAUUUCAAACUCAGGCAUCCUGUGUCUCUUUUUUUUUUUAGCACUGUGCUAAUCGGUCAUGUCAGUGUUAUGUUAGAAUUGAUAGAAGCAUUUACGGGGUAUUCAUCUCAAAGCAAACAUAAUUGGCAAGUCUUAAAAUAUGGAUACUUUGAACGAAGCAUUUGAAGGUAUGUAUGGAAAUGGUUAUUCCAUGUGGUCAAGGUGCCAGUAGCCUUUGGAAAACAAAGUACAAUUAAAUGAAAAAUCGCUCAGUUGAUACGCUUUGUUCUUACUCCGUCUUGCACAAGUUAUUUACACGCGAUUCAUUGUUAUAAGUCAUGCAUAAAAGCGCCCUCUCUGGCCACGACUGGGAGGUUACUAGACAUCCUCUGCUUUUGACCAACUCUUGAGGACACCCGAUUCCACCAUGUGGAAGUUUAUAAUAGAAAACGCAGUGUUAGCGUUUGUCAGCGUGAACCAGCUGCAGGUUUUGAAUCCACCCUUGAAAUAACCUACCUGAAUAUACAAUUAAAAUGAAUAGGUAGUGUACCUUGAGAUCUGUAUUUACUGUGUUUCAUGUGAAACCUAACCGAAACAUGGCAGGUAAUUAAAUCUUUUGAGUUUAUUGGCUUUGUUACUUUAGGCAUUUGAAUAGCACAUUUGUAUGUAUGUUCUGUUCUUGCUGCUGAUUGUAUUAAUGGCUGUGAGAACAUCCUGAAUGUUGUUUAUUUCUUUUAAUUACAUACAAAUAAACACUACAGGAUUACAGAGGGUUUCCAUGCCCUCUUGUUUCCAAAGGUAAUUUGAUACCUUGUGAUGUUUUAUAAAUGUGGUUUGCAUUGUUUUUUUUUUUUAUAGCUUUGGAGGUAGUUGCUGUAUAUUUCAAUACCUAAAUAAUAAAUGUAAAACAAAAUUAGGUUAUACUUUUCAAACUCAAUUUUGUUAUUUAAAAGCAAACCUGAUUACCAAUGAACCCAGAAGAUACUGAAGUUUUGAGAAUAUAAACUGGUAAUAUUUGUACACUUCACUUUUCUCCUAUCUCCUCUGACAUUUAGUAUUAGUUUUGUGCUUUUUGAAGUGAAACACAAUUUUAUUUGUAGAUAUUACUUUUUCAAAUACUGUAUUUGGAGAUUGCGUUAAAAUCACACACUGCACUUUGACAAAUUGCAUUUUUGUAAAUUUAAGAAAAAGUGUCAUUGAAUUUUAUGCAUGAGUUUGUUCUGUGGGAUGCGGGUGCAAUAAUUUAAUAAAUGUUUCAAAACUUG